AUCACGUAAACAUGUCCUUCUUUGAUUCUGGCUCUUUGCCGUUCUGUUCGCCCUACACGCUGUCACUGUAAAUAUUGAUGUAUACGUACGAUCGCAUAGGAAACAGCGGGAGCGGCGCAAGUGGUGACAGGUCAUCAGCCGCCAUGGACCAACCGCUAUUCGGAGAAACUCGGAGGAGAGUCAAGAUCAUCAACAUAGUGCUAGCAGCAGUUACGGCUGUCUUCAUUGGUAUCACGCUGGUCCUGGCUCUCCUGUCCAGUUUGUUCAUCAAGGACAAGUGCAGGAGGAUCGGUAACGUGGGCAAUAGCAAGAAGUACUGCGUGUACCCUCUCGACAUUGUCUUCUGCGGAAUCAUUAUCCUCCUCCUCGUCCCUCAAAUAAUUGUGGCAUAUUGGUAUCGGCGUGGUGAACUGGAGCCAAAGUUCAGAACUCUGAUAUACUACAAUGCCGUAGUCACGGUCCUACUCUGUAUUGUAGGGAUCCUUUACUUCAUGCAGGUCGGCUACCAAUAAUAUCACACGUUAUAAUAUAUCACAUGCUAUCACUAGACAAUCGACAUCACCCCUUUUUCGAUUCUUUCUAUGUUCGACAUUCCGCAAUUUCUGUUCCGUUGAUGCUGUCCUUUUCUUUAAUCUAUUGUGUGUGUGGUGUGUGCUUCAAUUCACGAUCACACGUGUAAUAUAUUGAGCUCCGUUUGCAUUUUAGACAGUGAUAUUAUUUUUUUUAUGUGAAGCAAUGUUGUUUGAGAAAGUUUGGGAUGAAGAUAGAAACAUGAUGCAAUGUAUGUUAACAUAACAUGUAAUGACAGUGUACGGAUGCAUGAUGCAAUAAUCUGUUUGCAUAGGCUUUCAUAACACACGAGAGAUUACGAGUCUAAGAUCUUGAAAAAGUACUCAACCUCUAGCGCGCUGUCGUCAGGCAAGUCGGAACAGUGGAGGGCAUUUUUGAUCUUGUCUUCGCCAAACUUUGCCCGGAUGCUGUGCGGACGCAGGUGCCGCGCAAUUUCAGGAUCGCUCGGCCCGACCAGCUCUCUGAAAGCCCCGUGGGAAUUUUCUCCGCUCACCUCCAGAGCAAUGCAAGGUCCUGAGCUUAGCUCGUCCACCAUCUGAUUGUACUCUGCCACCACUCCCUUGUAGACUUCGUAGAAUUCCUGGGCGUUUGCUUUCUCCACGUUGUGUAGUUGGACGGCCGUUAUUUUCAGACCAGCCGCAGAGAUCUCUCUCAUGAUCUGGCCUGUCAGCCCUCCAAUAACGGCAUGGGGCUUCACGAUGCCUAGGGUCGAGUCACGAAACCUGGCCGUGUUCUGGCGUCGUUUCUUCCCGAAAAAGAAGUCUGCUUCUCGUUUUGCCGAUUCGACGGAGUCGGCACCGUGGCAGGCAUUGCGGGUCUUGUCUGUGCCAAACUGUGCCCGGAUGGAGCCUGGGGCUUCUUGUCUCGCCUCUGAGGAGUCUGUUGGUCCUAGCAAUUCUCUCCACUUUCCUACUGCAUCUGCACCCAUGAUUUCAAACGCUACUACAGGUCCCUUGGGUCAUGAAGUCCACCAGCUUUGAAAAGAACGGCUUUCCCUCGUGUUCCCAGUAAAACUCUGCCGCUUCCUUCUCCGUGAGCUGGACCAUCUGGAGUUGGGUAAGGAUGAAGCCCUCUCGGUUUACCCGCUGCAAAAUCUCGCCCGUUUUGUCCAGGCAGUCGGGUUUGAUGAGCCCGAACGUCUUCUCCUUUUUGGAGCGGAGUUUUUUGGUCGUAAACUCGUCUCCAAAGUCGACGAUGGUGAGCUGGCGGGAGUGGACGUUCACCACGGCGCCAAGGAACAGGUCCGAGAAUCGGACGGUCGGACACUUUGAGCGUUUGAGAAACAGUCGGCGGUUUUUGAGGUCGAACAUCUCUACGGUGUUGUCGGCCACAUAGAACAGGAGCUGGUAGCGACGGGUGAGCGACGCGUUCGGGUCGUACCACUCCGUUAUGAAGGCAUAUCUCUCGUCCAUGUCUGCCGCCAUUUUGCUCGUCUGCACGAG